AUGUCUCAGCUGUUGAUUCACCGGCCAUACCUCAAGGAGCCACUCGACAGCGCAGCCCAUCGGUUGUCACUACGGACCAUUUCCAUCGCAGCGGGCGCCAUGGUUCACCUUCUGCGUAGGUACGAGAAGCUGGACUCGUACGAAAAGGUGCCGCCCUUUGUUGUCCACAACGUGCUCUCAGCGGUAGUCACGCUUUCGUUGAUGGCUACUGCCAAGCAAUCAAACCUACGGAACAGAUCAAUCAGCCGGUUCCGUGUCUGUGUUAGCGCCCUCGAGGCCAUCGGGCGCAGAUGGUCAAAGGCGAGAAAGGCCAUUCUUAUUCUGCGUCAGCUGGCCCAGCGCUGGCGCGUCUCCAUCGCGCUGCCCAUGCACCAAAGCUUCCCUCUUGCACCACAACAAGGCCCGGAACCUCCUGUGAUGACUGCUGAAGAUGGCCCGACGGAUACGACGUACACAUACCCAAGCCCCGAAAACGAUGCCAGUCCAGCGGCGGAACCGCUAAUGACCGAGCAGUUGGAUGCUAUGGAGGCCGCCUCAGUUUGGCGGACGAUUGAUCAUGUGGACUUCAUCGACUAUGGUCAAAUGGACUUCUGGGCUUUACAAUAUAUUAGAAACUAA